UAGUGCGGGUCAGGGAAAGACAGGUGUGUGUGUGUGUGUGUGUGUCAUGACUCCUCGGGUGUCUCAGUUGAGGUGGAACACUCGUAGGUGAAGAGAUCGCGUCUUGGCUUCAUUCGUAUUGGAGUUCAAAACAGGACAAUUAUUUAGCGAUCGAGAGUUUUAAGAGGAUGUUGAGUGUGUCUGAGUGACCGGGUUGAGGGGUAGACAGCGUCGAGCAGCACGAAGGAGGUACUAUACAGUGGACUCGUUCUUCCCUCCAUCCUACCCAUACAAAUAUUUCUGUAACAAGAUUUGAGUGUCCCUGGCAAGAUGGUGUUCCCUGGAGUUAUCCGUAAGGUGAACAAGAGUCUCCCCGCCCUCCUCCAGACGAUUGUUAUCAUCUGUCUCCUCCAUUUUAUGACCCAGGGAUUCCUCACCAGAAUUCAGAAGAAGUUUUCGCUCGGUCGCUUCGGCAACUCGGAAUCAGCAACACAACGGCCGGGCUCUAGAAAUAUCGGACACCUGACGACACGUGCUGGUGGAGGGCAUAGCCGCGCCUCACGACCUACACGGAGAUCUACGACCACCACUACCACCACCACCACCACCACUACUACUCCGGUAACCCCACCUUCUGAUGACAUCAUGGAGGAGGAACAACGUCAACGCCUCAACAUUCUACAUAAAGCUUGUGCAAGGUGGAAUUUGGGUUUAUGGUCUACCGGAGAGUCUACCAAUAUCACUGAGGAGGAAAGAGCUACACUGGCCUUUAUGCCCAAAUCUCCACUUUACCAAGCACUGUUUGUGUCAGAGAAAGAUCACCUGGCAGUGUGCCCAGCAGCUCGUAAUGGGGUACAGUGGUUGGCCCGUCGCUUCCUCCAGCUUACGGGUAGGUUUGACGAGAAGCAAUUAUAUCGAUUACAUGAACCCCCAGCUGCCAUUGCCAAACAAAACUUCCCAUACUUAAGCUCAUGGGAGAAGUACCCGGUUGUCUUGGCAAAAUCAGUGACGAUCUUAAUGGCACGUCACCCCUUUGACCGACUUCUGUCAUCUUAUCGCCAAGUAUUAGAGGACCCAGAGAAAAACUCCCAUGGCUACCUGCACUACGGACGUCGUAUUGUUCGGACCUAUCGUAAGGCGCCAGCACACACCAAAGGGCCGACCUUCGAAGAGUUUAUCAGGUUUUUAUUAGAUCAUGAUACACAUCACCUGGAGGAAGCCUGGCGGCCCACAUUGCGCCACUGCACACCCUGCCAUAUAGGAUACAAUAUGAUAACACACUAUGAGACACUGUGGCAUGAUGUACAAUGGGCUUGGAAGCGAGCUGGUAUUGGUCCACUCAAUACCACCGACUAUGUUGUCUACAACCUCACACCAGAAGUCCGCAGACAGUACUUCUCUGAACUCACUCUGGCACAAGUUCUGGAGUUAUAUAAAAAGUACAAAAUGGAUUUUCAACUUUAUGGCUACACAAUUGAGGAACAUAUGGCCUAUGCAAAACCUGGAGAAGAUGAGUUAGAUCCUGCUCUCAUGGCAGAUCUCCCCAAACCAAACCCUAACCAGCUGCAGAACUUGUUGAGGGAGGCAAAGGAACAAGCACUGCUAAAGAGCGAUCAGGAGGAUGUAGAUAAAAUACAGGCACCCUCCCCAGGCUCUGGAAGCUCUAGCAUGGGUCUGCCCCUCAUGGAAGAGAGAGGUCAUAUUGCCGAGGUCAGCAAUGAUAUUGAAACUGAUGAGGACAGUGGUCGUGACCAUCUACAAGAACAGAUAUAAAGUAAUAAAACCACCACCACACACACUAUAUACUUCAUAGCAUGUCCAGAAAGGUAGCUUAGUCUGUGUUGAUUGCUGUGAGAUAUGAAUAUUACAGUAUGUCAUUAUUUUUGUUAGUUAUAAUUUUUAUCAGUUAAUUAUUAUUAUUCAAGAACAAAGCUACUUUCUCAGUAGGAUUUUGUAUUUUUGCUAUCAUUGAAAACUAAUGUAAAAUAGAUAACUAAUCUUUCAUUCAUAUUUCAAACACAGCUUUUUAGGUAACUUCAGGUUCUAUUUAUUUAACUUUGACCUUCACAAGCCGAGAUGGGAUUAAUUGAUCUUUCGAUCAGUCUGGAAUCAUGUUUGUCUUCUUUUGAGGGGAGAUUCACACACUUAGUGAUUAACACACAUGAAGAUAUUGUUUGAGGAUUGUUACCCAAACCUACAGAAUCUAAAUAAUGAAUUUGGGGAAUGUGGUUUCUGUAAGGAAAGUUUUACCUUACUUAAGAAGGUUAAUGGUGUCUCAGGCAUUUUAAACACAAUAAAACUCUUAAGUCAGCUGCUCUGUACAAGACAUUCCACCUGUCAGUGUUGGCACAUCAUCAUUAUUACCAUUUUCUCAUAUUGGGAUGGAUUAGCUGUGAUUAUGAACAAGUUUAAUCAGAACCAAUUGAUAUCACAAAGUUAGUUAUAGCCUCAUUUUGUCAUCAUCUACACACACACGCAUUCAUAAAACCAAAUGGCUUACUGCAUAUUAACAGCCAGCAGCUACAAACUUGCUAUAUAAUCAUUUUAAGAUUCAAUCCUUGUACAGAAAUGCAGAAAUCUUGUCAAACAAUAAUAGAGUGAAAUAUUUAGGUUAACACAAUGGCUGCAAUAUUUAAUGAACUGACUGAAAUCAUAUUUACUCAUGUGGGGAGUUCUGUUAAUUUGUCAAAGCACCUGCACAGAUCACAGCCUUUCUACAGCUUAUUCAUCAAAUUCAACGUUGUUUUUUCCCCAUAUUCCCACACUAGAUCUGUAUGCACUAACUCAAAUGCUCUAGUGAGAAUUCUAAAAUAACCCUUUUUUUAUAGUGUCAGCCUAAUAAAUGCCUUUAUCAUCUGGUAUACUAUUGUAGCAUGUCACAGAGACUAAUCACCUGGUCUGAAUUUAAGAGUUGUCUAGGAUUUGUUGCAACAUUGUGGCAAAUAGUAUGUUAUCAAGUAAGACUAAGUGGAUUACAGGUACAGUUGUGUGAUUGCUAUGUCCAUUUUUAUACCUGUAAUAUUAAUACAGGUUGACAAUCCUUUAUCCGAAAUCCUUGGGGCCAGAGGCAUUUCGGUUUUCGGAAUUUUUCGGUUUUC